CUCCUCCCUCUGUUUCUUUCUUCGACCUUUCCCUUCUCUCGGUCUCGGACUCUCUCCUCCCUUGCUUUUCCUUCCCUGGCAGCGACGACUGGGCGAGCGGCGGCGCCAUUUAUCACACGGUCUUCGCCCAGCCCUUUGCCUGCGACGAGCAUCCACCAGAGUCGUAUAUUCAGUCAACUCAACAAGCCAAGUUACAUUACUAUUGGAUUGGACAGCUGUUAUACAUUUCAAGAAUACCAUCUUUCCCUUGAAGAUAUUACUCUGAAUGAUGGCAACUCUGAAAGAUGCUGCUGCAAGGAAGCCUGUACUGGCAACAAUCCGUCUUAUUGUUUCAGCUGGUGCUGCACGUCCUGCACCUCCAGUUGGUCCAGCGCUGGGUUUCUAUCGGCUCAAUUUGAUGGCUUUCUGCAAGGAUUUCAAUGCCAGGACCCAGAAGUACAAGGCAGACACUCCAAUGCAAGUCACCUUAACUGCUUACAAGGAUAGCACCUUCGAGUUCGUUGUCAAGUCACCCUCAGUAUCAUGGUUCCUCAAGAAGGCUGCAGGAAUAGAAACAGCCAGCAGUCGCCCAGGCCACAGCAAUGUGUCAUCCCUCACUCUCCACCAUGUGUAUGAGAUUGCAAAAUUGAAGCAGGCUGACCCCUUCUGCAAGCACAUGUCGCUUGAGGCGCUGUGCAAGUCCAUCAUUGGCACAGCUAACUCCAUGGGCAUUGAGAUUGUUAAAGAUCUAUGAGAAGCUUAGUCAAGGAAGAAUUCCGUGACAUUUGCAUGUUCCUAGUUUUUAGUUCGUUCUGGAGAGGUAGAACUCUGUAAUCUUACUGAGCUUUCUACCAUCGUGAUGUCUGAUGCCCUUCUGGACUUUUAUACAAUUUCUGGUAUACCCUUUGGUCCAGCCUUUUUUUUUCCUUUUGUUGUUUUUUUUUGGUGGGCAACUUAACUGGUAUUUGUGGUUUCACGAUGGUGUUUCAAAUAAUACAUUGCAAUCCUAGUAUCUUCCACAUGGAUA